AUGGCGACGGACGACGGCGAUGACGACGACGACAGCAUGUUACCACCCGGGUUUCGCUUUCACCCGACGGACGAGGAGCUUCUGUGUUACUACCUUCGGCGACGCGUGGACAACCGUCGCAUAAGCUUCAAUGUGAUGGGCGACAUCGACUUGUACAAAUUCGAACCUUGGGAUCUCCCCUCGCGCGCUUCGAGUCCUCUAAUGGGGAACGACGAGUGGUUCUUUUUUACGCCGCGCGACCGGAAAUACCCGUCCGGACUCCGGUCGAAUCGCGCCACGCCAGCGGGUUAUUGGAAGGCGACUGGGAAAGACCGGCCCGUGUUCGCCGUGAAUCGCGGAGGAGGAGGAGGGGGCUCCAGCAGUGGCGGUGGAGGUGGAGGUUCGUGCGCGACGACGGUUAUUGGCUUUAAAAAGACGCUCGUGUUUUACCGCGGGCGUGCUCCAGCCGGCGAGAAGACGGACUGGGUGAUGCAGGAGUACCGCCUACCCGACAGCUCCGACGACAUCGCCAGCCUAAUGCUUCCGGCCGGCAGUUCCGCCGGCACCGCUGACGUCACGAUCGCCGCGCCGCCGUCCCCGUCCGCGUCGGGCUGGCUGAGCGCAAGCGGCCCGUCGGGAAUGACGUUGUCGCAGUGGGUGGUCGUGCGCGUGUACACGCGCGGAGCGCUUCCGCAGCAGGCGCAGCCUGGGCAGCGCGGCGGAGGCAGCGGGGGGCGCCUAACAGCGCCAGGGGGAUUGGGUCACGCGCUCCAAGCGCAUGCGGAAAAAGCGGCGGGAAGAGCGGAAAAGGUGGGAAAAGCGGAACCGGAGGAAGAGCCAGAGCAGCAGCGGAUGAUUUUGGAUUCUGGCGGAAGCGGAAGUUUCCCGUUAAGCGCUGGGCUGAGAGCGGAGACGGGGGGAAUGGGCUCCGUUCCGCAGUCUCCGCUCGCGUCCCCGCGUUUAUCUCUUCCACAGGUUCACUUUCCCAACAGUCCGCGCCAACCUUCCGCGAGCACGACCACGACCUCUGCUGUUGCCGCAGGAGCUUCCGCUUCUACAUCCGCUGCUGUUUCCGCCGUUGCUUCCGCCGUUGCUUCCGCCACUUCUGGUGCAGGCGGAAGCGGAAUUGCUCCAGUCGGAUCCCUUGGGCCUGCGCCUGGUUCAGCUCUCAACAGCCUUCGGAAACUUUUUUCUGCCCGGUCGUCUCAAUCCGCGCCCCUGCCCGUGCUUCAGAGCGCAGCUGUGCAAGUUUUGAAAAAAGGGCCUCGCAGGGUUGACAGGGCAGUUACUGUAGCUAUUGGAGAUUCAUCCAACCAAAGCGCUGCAGGUUCGAAAGCCAUUUCUAGUCUCACGAGUCAAAUCGGAGGAGGUUCGGGAGCUGCAGAUUCGGAAGCUUUGGCGAACCCGCUGAAUUCGAGACUGUUGAGCCUGACGCGGUUCAACUCGCCAGCAAUCCCAAGGGGCAAUUCUUGCCCGUCUGACGUGACUACAGGCCGGGGUUCGAAUCCUGACGGGCGCGUUUCAACACUGGCAAGAGCGCAAAGCUUGGCGCAAUCCGCUGUGAUGGAGGACGCAGGCGAAGGGGAAGAGGAGAGCCAAGGGCAGCUUCUUGCCGACUACGUGUCAGGGCAGUCAGACCCGACAGCCAAUCACGGCACGACAAGCGUGCUUCCCGCGUGCCAGGAGCAGCAGAUGCAGCAGAGUGAGGAGUCACAAGGGACAGAGCGGUGUGAGGGGGCUCAAGAGACGCAGGGAACGCUGCUGCUGCAUGAGCAAGAAAGUGCGGACGCUCAGGCUGGUGCUGGGGAAUCAUACCCGCACCAGCAGAACCAGAUUCAUCAGCAACAACAACAGCAUAAUCAGCAGCAGCAGCAGCAGCAGCAGCAGCAGCAGCAGCAGCAGCAGCAGCAGCAGCAGCAGCAGCAGCAGCAGCAGCAGCAGCAGCAGCAGCAGCAGCAGCAGCAGCAGCAGCAGCAGCAGCAGCAGCAGCAGCAGCAGCAGCAGCAGCAGCAGCAGCAGCAGCAGCAGCAGCAGCAGCAGCAGCAGCAGCAGCAGCAGCAGCAGCAGCAGCAGCAGCAGCAGCAGCAGCAGCAGCAGCAGCAGCAGCAGCAGCAGCAGCAGCAGCAGCAGCAGCAGCAGCAGCAGCAGCAGCAGCAGCAGCAGCAGCAGCAGCAGCAGCAGCAGCAGCAGCAGCAGCAGCAGCAGCAGCAGCAGCAGCAGCAGCAGCAGCAGCAGCAGCAGCAGCAGCAGCAGCAGCAGCAGCAGCAGCAGCAGCAGCAGCAGCAGCAGCAGCAGCAGCAGCAGCAGCAGCAGCAGCAGCAGCAGCAGCAGCAGCAGCAGCAGCAGCAGCAGCAGCAGCAGCAGCAGCAGCAGCAGCAGCAGCAGCAGCAGCAGCAGCAGCAGCAGCAGCAGCAGCAGCAGCAGCAGCAGCAGCAGCAGCAGCAGCAGCAGCAGCAGCAGCAGCAGCAGCAGCAGCAGCAGCAGCAGCAGCAGCAGCAGCAGCAGCAGCAGCAGCAGCAGCAGCAGCAGCAGCAGCAGCAGCAGCAGCAGCAGCAGCAGCAGCAGCAGCAGCAGCAGCAGCAGCAGCAGCAGCAGCAGCAGCAGCAGCAGCAGCAGCAGCAGCAGCAGCAGCAGCAGCAGCAGCAGCAGCAGCAGCAGCAGCAGCAGCAGCAGCAGCAGCAGCAGCAGCAGCAGCAGCAGCAGCAGCAGCAGCAGCAGCAGCAGCAGCAGCAGCAGCAGCAGCAGCAGCAGCAGCAGCAGCAGCAGCAGCAGCAGCAGCAGCAGCAGCAGCAGCAGCAGCAGCAGCAGCAGCAGCAGCAGCAGCAGCAGCAGCAGCAGCAGCAGCAGCAGCAGCAGCAGCAGCAGCAGCAGCAGCAGCAGCAGCAGCAGCAGCAGCAGCAGCAGCAGCAGCAGCAGCAGCAGCAGCAGCAGCAGCAGCAGCAGCAGCAGCAGCAGCAGCAGCAGCAGCAGCAGCAGCAGCAGCAGCAGCAGCAGCAGCAGCAGCAGCAGCAGCAGCAGCAGCAGCAGCAGCAGCAGCAGCAGCAGCAGCAGCAGCAGCAGCAGCAGCAGCAGCAGCAGCAGCAGCAGCAGCAGCAGCAGCAGCAGCAGCAGCAGCAGCAGCAGCAGCAGCAGCAGCAGCAGCAGCAGCAGCAGCAGCAGCAGCAGCAGCAGCAGCAGCAGCAGCAGCAGCAGCAGCAGCAGCAGCAGCAGCAGCAGCAGCAGCAGCAGCAGCAGCAGCAGCAGCAGCAGCAGCAGCAGCAGCAGCAGCAGCAGCAGCAGCAGCAGCAGCAGCAGCAGCAGCAGCAGCAGCAGCAGCAGCAGCAGCAGCAGCAGCAGCAGCAGCAGCAGCAGCAGCAGCAGCAGCAGCAGCAGCAGCAGCAGCAGCAGCAGCAGCAGCAGCAGCAGCAGCAGCAGCAGCAGCAGCAGCAGCAGCAGCAGCAGCAGCAGCAGCAGCAGCAGCAGCAGCAGCAGCAGCAGCAGCAGCAGCAGCAGCAGCAGCAGCAGCAGCAGCAGCAGCAGCAGCAGCAGCAGCAGCAGCAGCAGCAGCAGCAGCAGCAGCAGCAGCAGCAGCAGCAGCAGCAGCAGCAGCAGCAGCAGCAGCAGCAGCAGCAGCAGCAGCAGCAGCAGCAGCAGCAGCAGCAGCAGCAGCAGCAGCAGCAGCAGCAGCAGCAGCAGCAGCAGCAGCAGCAGCAGCAGCAGCAGCAGCAGCAGCAGCAGCAGCAGCAGCAGCAGCAGCAGCAGCAGCAGCAGCAGCAGCAGCAGCAGCAGCAGCAGCAGCAGCAGCAGCAGCAGCAGCAGCAGCAGCAGCAGCAGCAGCAGCAGCAGCAGCAGCAGCAGCAGCAGCAGCAGCAGCAGCAGCAGCAGCAGCAGCAGCAGCAGCAGCAGCAGCAGCAGCAGCAGCAGCAGCAGCAGCAGCAGCAGCAGCAGCAGCAGCAGCAGCAGCAGCAGCAGCAGCAGCAGCAGCAGCAGCAGCAGCAGCAGCAGCAGCAGCAGCAGCAGCAGCAGCAGCAGCAGCAGCAGCAGCAGCAGCAGCAGCAGCAGCAGCAGCAGCAGCAGCAGCAGCAGCAGCAGCAGCAGCAGCAGCAGCAGCAGCAGCAGCAGCAGCAGCAGCAGCAGCAGCAGCAGCAGCAGCAGCAGCAGCAGCAGCAGCAGCAGCAGCAGCAGCAGCAGCAGCAGCAGCAGCAGCAGCAGCAGCAGCAGCAGCAGCAGCAGCAGCAGCAGCAGCAGCAGCAGCAGCAGCAGGAGGCGAGACCCACGGCACGUCGCCUGCAACGGUCCAAUGCGGCUGUCAUCGAGCCGCUGGAGGAGCUAAUAGCCACUCAGGACUCGCCAAGGCAACAUCAAAAUCACCCACAGCAGCAGCAGUCUCACAAAUCCUCUGGGCCGGCUACCCCACCAGCAGCAACCACUCCCCUGCCUGACCCUUUCCCGGUUGCUCCAGCCCCGUCGUCCGCACUGACCACUCCUGGCAUGCCUCGGGAUCUCCUGGGCCUUGAAACUCUGAUGACGCCUAUGGACCUCACUGCUACUGGCUGCGGUUUUGCAGCGUUUGGCAGUGGCAGCGGGCACUUGUCUUUUUUCGACAGCCCGUUCAGGUUCGGCACUCCUGCUCCUACAGGAGCCGAUUGUGGGACGGCGAACCCCUGGACGGCUGCCGUUGUGGCUGCUGCUGCUGCUGGUGCUGGUGGUGCUGCUGCUGGUGCUGCUGCUGCUGGUACCGUUGCUGGUACUGGUGCUAGAACUGAUGCCAGUGCUGGUGCAGCCACUGGUAUUUCUGGCCCUGCUUCGCAGGCUGAUUCAAGGGGUCGGUUCCGAGAGAGCGAGUGCGCUGCGCAGCCCAGUGGCAGUGGCAGUGAGAGUGGCAGUGGGCUGAGCUCCCCGUGCACGGCCACCACUCACACUCUCCGCACCGCCUCUGCUAGCGAGAGUGAAUUCGCAGGGGAAGUGGCCGGCCCCCCUCCUUCUGCUGCAGCAGCUCAUGCAUUAGCUGCUGCGGAGGCAGUCCGUGCAGAUGCAGCAGCAGUCAGUUUUGCUGCUGGUGAUGGUGCUGCCAGGGUAGACCCUGCAGCACCGCAGCUCCCUCAGCAGCACGGCCUGCUGCAGCAACAGCAUCUAACCGACCGUUUUUCCAUGCUCUCCUCCCCUCCUCUGCCGCCCGAGAUGAUGAUCGAGCUUACUGAGCUGCUGCUGCGCUCGGCAGUUGCCCAGCCUAAGGACUCAGGCUCGGGGCCAGCAGGUUCGGAAGCAGACUCGGCGCAGGCAUCUGUUGGUGUGUCCGGCGCUGCUGGUGGCAAUGGUGGCAUUGAAGGGAAGGAUGGGGUAUUGAAUGAUAUUGGCAUAGGACAGACACAGAGCAGUAGGCAGUUCCAACAACCAUUGUGGGCAAACCAGGCACACCAGCAGCAGCAGCAGCAAGGGCAGAAGUAUGGAGGACAGGGAGAGAGACGAGUUCGGUCUCCUAAGCGGAGCAGAGGGGAGGGGGAGUUCGAGGGACUGAUGACGCUGGAAGCAGGUGCAGCUGCAGAUGGGGUUUCAAUGGAGGCAAGCCAUUUGUCAAUGGAGGGUGUGGUGGUUCGGCCCUUAUCCAAGCGAAGAAGCUUGGUUGCGGAGGAGAUUGAGGAUGGUUCAGGUGGUUUGACUGAAAUGGAGGAGAAUGGUGUGGGAGAGGAGGGAGCUAUGGGGGAGAAUUCGCAGCCUGAUAUACUCAACAUGCUUAAGCAGAUCUUGGGGUGA